GAGACGCUGGCCCGUCCCCCUCCUCCUCCUCUUGGGCCCCCGCCUCCCCUCCGCCAACAUCCCCGCACGCUCACAGCCUGCCCUCAUGAGCUGGUCCCCAGAAGAGUGCAGGGGGCAGGGCGAGCCCCCUGGUGACAGACACGCCCUCUGUGCCAGGCUGGUGGAGAAGCCCCGCGGAGGUUCCCCGGAGUCUGGCCCAGGACCCAUUGUCACCCGCACGGCCUCGGGACCUGCCCUGGCCUUCUGGCGGGCAGUGCUGGCCGGGGACGUGGGCUCCGUCUCCCGCAUCCUGGCCGACUCCAGCAACGGCCUGGCUCCGGAUUCCAUCUUUGAUACCAGCGACCCAGAGCGAUGGAGAGAUUUCCGCUUCAACAUCCGCGCUCUGAGACUCUGGUCGCUGACCUACGAAGAGGAGCUGACCACCCCCCUGCACGUGGCGGCCAGCCGGGGCCACGUGGAAAUCCUGCGGCUGCUGCUGAGGCGGCGGGCGAGGCCCGACAGUGCCCCUGGGGGCCGGACUGCCCUGCACGAGGCCUGUGCCGCGGGCCAUGCUGCCUGCGUCCAUGUGCUGCUGGUGGCGGGAGCCGACCCCAACAUCCCUGACCAGGAUGGGAGGCGCCCCUUGCACCUCUGCGGGGGGGCUGGCAGCCUCGAGUGCGCUGAUCUGCUCCUGAGGUUUGGGGCAAAAGUGGAUGGUCGGUCGGAGGAGGAAGAGGAGACCCCUCUGCAUGUGGCCGCCCGGCUGGGCCACGUGGAGCUGGCGGACCUCCUCCUGAGACGCGGGGCCUGCCCCGAUGCCCGCGAUGCCGAAGGCUGGACCCCGCUGCUGGCUGCCUGUGACGCCCGCUGCAUGUCCCCCGCCGACGCCGAGGCCACCACGGCCCGCUGUCUCCAGGUGUGCCGCCUGCUCCUCUCCGCCGGGGCCGACGCCGACGCCGCCGACCAGGACAGGCAACGGCCCCUGCACUUGGCCUGUCGCCGCGGCCACGCGGACGUCGUGGAGCUGCUCCUGGCCCGCGGCGUCGGCGCCAACGCCAUGGACUACGGGGGACACACGGCCCUGCACUGCGCGCUGCAGGGCCCCGCCGCGGCCCUGGCCCAGAGCCCGGAGCGCACGGUGCGCGCGCUGCUCAACCACGGGGCUGUCCGCGUGUGGCCAGGAGCUCUCCCCAAGGUGCUGGAGCGCUGGUGCACGUCCCCGCGGACCAUUGAGGUCCUGAUGAACACCUACAGUGUCGUGAAGCUUCCUGAGGACGCCGUGGGCCUGGUGCCUCCUGAAACUCUGCAGAAGCACCAUCGUUUCUACUCCUCCCUCUUCGCCCUGGUGAGGCAGCCCAGAUCCCUGCAGCAUCUGAGCCGCUGUGCGCUCCGUGCCCACCUGGCAGCCUGCCUGCCCCAGGCCCUGCCCCGCCUGCCCCUGCCACCCCGCCUGCUCCGCUACCUGCAGCUGGAUUUCGAGGAUGUGCUCUACUAGAUGUCCACUGCCUUUUGAGAGAGUCUGAAAGCAGAUGCCCCAGACCCUAGGGGAUGCCAGCCCACUGCUCACAGCGCCUGGGACUCGGGACUGAGCUGAACGGAUUCAGGCCUAGGUGGCCGUCUCAGCAGGAGGCCCAACUCCACGGGGAGGAGUGCUGUCAUCCUCCCCAGGAGAGGCAGACAGACCAGGUGGCCAAGUGACAUCUGUUGGCAAGAGAGCUAGGACUCAUGGCAAAUGAU